AUGGGCGCUGCAAGGGCCACUCGUCUGUGGACGGUACCUCCCGCUGCCCUAGCUGCAUACACUGCGGGGGAAUGGUCUCAGCCCAGACAAUCAAGAGCUCAAUCCACUAAUUCUCGAGCACGACACAACAAUGAUCCGGAGUCCAGCAACUUCAAUGCGGGCUCAUAUGGGGUUGGCGCGGACGGCAAGGACGAUGGAUCCAUCUGGAACAACAUCGGCCGCAAGCUCGAUGGGGUUAAGCAAACUGUUGGCUCCGGCGAGUGGGUAGAUACUGGACGCGCUUUCUACCGGCUACCGUUCAAAAGCUUCAGCGAGAGCUCUCCUUGUCACCCGGCUCAUUGGCAAACGAUAUCUGGAGGGGAGGCACAGGACCCCGACAUCAACCCUGAGAUUCUCCGCGACGCCGAAGUACGGGUAAGUGGGGAUCUCUGCGAUGAAGAGCAGGAGUUUAGACAGCAGCGACAACGGAAGGUUGUCAAAGCAUUGUCAUCCUACCUCAACAUACCUGAGGAGGACAUCCACCCCGAAGAUGUACCGGUCAUUGCGAUGUGCGGCUCGGGAGGUGGCCUGCGUGCUCUAGUUGCAGGUACCGGAUCGUACCUGGCAGCACAGGAAGCAGGGCUGUGGGACUGUAUUACCUACACAGCUGGUGUCAGUGGCAGCUGCUGGCUGCAGACCCUCUAUCAUUCGUCCAUUGCGCAGCGAAACUUCGACAAACUUGUCGACCAUUUGAAGAAUCGUCUUGGUGUUUAUAUUGCAUUCCCACCGGCAGCUCUCGACCUCCUCACUACUGCUCCGACAAACAAAUACCUUCUCAGUGGUUUUGUGGAAAAGCUGAAAGGCGACCCGGGAGCGGACUUUGGGUUGGUGGAUAUUUACGGGUUGCUGCUUGCAGCGAGACUCCUGGUCCCGCGAGGAGAACUCGGAGUCUCCGAUAUGGAUUUCAAGUUGUCGAACCAGCGAGUUAAUUUGAUGAAUGGGGCUCAUCCCCUUCCUAUCUACACGGCGGUGCGACAUGAGAUUCCUGUCGAGGCCCUCGAGCACUCAAACGACAAGACCAAGAAGCAUCAAACGCCUGAACAGGUAGUGAAAGAGUCACGGAAUGAAGCAUGGUUCCAGUGGUUUGAGUUUACUCCGUAUGAAUUCUUUUGUGAAGAACUCAAUGCCGGUAUUCCUACCUGGGCUUUGGGACGUCACUUCAACGCAGGCCGCUCUGAGGUUUCCGCUGAAAACCUUCCCAUCCCAGAGGUGAGAAUCCCCGGGCUCAUGGGUGUUUGGGGUAGCGCUUUCUGUGCGACUUUGUCCCACUAUUACAAGGAGAUUCGGCCUCUGGUCAGAGGUCUGGCUGGAUUUGGUGGAAUCGAUUCUCUCAUCCAAGGCAAGAAUCAAGAUUUGAUCAAGGUGCAUCCCAUUGACCCUGCGGGUAUACCUAACUACGUCAUGGGCAUGAAAGACCAGCUACCCGACUCCUGUCCAGACUCGAUCUUCCGAAAUGACCAUUUGCGUCUCAUGGAUGCGGGAAUGAGUAACAACCUGCCAAUCUACCCACUCAUUCGACCUGGGCGCGAUGUUGACAUAAUUGUCGCAUUUGAUGCGUCUGCAGACGUCAAACAGGAGAACUGGCUUUCUGUGGUCGAUGGAUACGCCAGACAACGUGGUAUCAAGGGCUGGCCCAUUGGCGCCGGAUGGCCUAAAAAUUCGAGCCUCAAGGAUACCGAGAAUGCCCUGCGUGAGCCAGAGAACAUCACCGAGGAACAAUUAACAGAGAAACUCGCCGACGCCAAGAACAACUCUGGAAACCAGCCCACUGGUCAAAAGCCCAAGUCUAGCACAGAUCUGGGUUAUUGCAACGUUUGGGUCGGCACCACAGAAGAGAGAACCUCGAAUGACGAACCUCCACCAUCCAAACGUCUCUUCGAUUCUUCCCACAACGAAGACCAUUCUGAAUCCGAGUUCCACCUGAUGCGCCCAGAUGCCGGUAUCGCGGUUAUCUACUUCCCUCUGAUCCCCAAUCCUUCCGCACCAGACACCCCUCCCAAACCUAAAGUGCGUCCGCGUGCAGCUGUUCAGUCCAUGCGACAGGAUAAUUCUCAAACUAAAGACCCGGAACUGCCUCUCGCCCCACAGCCCAACUCGAUCGACCCCGAGAUUGAUGAUUUCCUAUCUACUUGGAACUUCAUCUACACGCCUGAACAGAUUGAUUCAGUCGUUGGUCUUGCAAAGGCAAACUUCUCUGAGGGUGAAGAGCAGACUCGUCGUGUUGUUCGCGCUGUCUAUGAGCGCAAGAAAUCCGAUCGACUGCAGAAGGAGGCCGCAGAGCAUCGGAAGAAGAUGGAAGGCUUUGUGCCGCUAUAA